UCAUUUUAGUGAGGGCAAAGAAGAAGAAAAAAUAAGAAAAGGAAAUGGGAAGAGAAGUAUCGAAGAGUUGCAUGGAUGGUCUCGUGACAGAAAUGGUGUCAUCAUACUGCACUCGAUUUUACUCUAACAAACCAGAACUCGCUGCCCGCCGCAUCGAAGCCAUUGGUUAUCAAGUAGGCCAUCAGCUCUCGGAACGGUACACAAUAGAACGGCCUCGUUUUACUGAUCAUUUAGAGGCAAUUAAGUUCAUAUGCAAAGAUUUCUGGUCGGAGCUGUUCAAGAAACAGAUUGAUAACUUGAAGACUAAUCAUAGAGGUACGUUUGUGUUGCAAGAUAAUAAGUUUCCAUGGCUAUCACGAAUGUCGGGGGAUGAUCUAUCGGUUGAGAAUGGAAUGGAGGAUCCUGAAAGUAAAGGUGCACAAGCAAUGAGCAUGUAUUGCUAUUUUCCUUGUGGGAUUAUAAGGGGUGCGCUUUCGAAUCUGGGGAUUCCCUGUGCUGUUUCUGCUGAUAUUUCCAGUCUUCCCGCGUGUUCAUUUGUGAUCAGUGUCAAGGCUUGAUUGGCAUCUCACAACAAAUGCGCGUCGAAGAACGUGCUUGCCACCAAAUAUGAUAUUUGGCUCCCCGCCUUUUCUCCAUGAAAAUGCACUUGUUUGAGAAGUUCCAAGCAUCCCACAAAAUGUGUCCAAAGUUGCAGCAGUGGAAUAUUUUCAGAGGAAUUCCUGUUCCAUGUAUGUACCGGAAUUUUUACUUGUAUAAGGUUAUGUUGAUGAUAUUAUUGUUUCAUUAAAUACAACCUGUAAGUGAUGCCAUUGUUCCUGAAUACUCUUUUUUAUGCAGCAAGUGGUGAGUUUGAGUACUGUGGUAACUCAUCAAUAGCAACACCAUCUGAAUUCUUUUUA